UCCCUACCAGCUGCCACUUCAGUUUCUCAACCCUUCUCUUUCUGUUUCUCUCUCUAUCUCUAAAAACUCCCCUAACCUUCUUUCACCUCCUUAUUAGUCUAUUUCAUAAGCACCCACACCUCAAACUUAAGCUGACACUCUUCAUUCCUCACAACCCCAAAAAAACAUUACCAAAACUAUUUAAUUUAUUUGUUGACAACUUUUAGAAAUUCAGUUGCAGAAUCAACAGCAUUGCACAAAAAUAUAUAAAAAAUAAUUAACAAAAAAAACAUAUAUAUAUAUACAUAUAAUUAUGGGAAGACAUUCUUGUUGCUACAAGCAAAAACUAAGGAAAGGCCUGUGGUCUCCUGAAGAAGAUGAAAAACUUCUUCGCCAUAUUACUCAAUAUGGCCAUGGUUGUUGGAGCUCUGUCCCUAAACUUGCAGGAUUACAGAGAUGUGGAAAAAGUUGUAGGCUAAGGUGGAUUAAUUACUUAAGGCCAGAUUUAAAAAGAGGGGCAUUUUCACAAGAGGAAGAGAAUUUGAUCAUUGAACUUCAUGCUGUUCUUGGAAACAAGUGGUCACAAAUAGCAGCGCAAUUACCAGGAAGAACAGAUAAUGAGAUCAAAAAUUUAUGGAAUUCUUGCUUAAAGAAGAAACUUAAACAAAGAGGUAUUGAUCCAAACACCCACAAACCAUUAUCUGAAAUUGAAAUUCAAGAGGAAAAAGCUAAAUCAAACAACACCAACACCAACGCCAACAAUAUUAAUUGUAGCAAAACCAACAACAACACUAGAAACACUGACAAAUUUUCAGUAUCAACAAUCAUUCAAAACGACAAUUUUAACACCAACACCAUAACAACACCACCUAAUAAAACAACUCCAAUGGUUUAUCAACAAUCAUUAUCAACUCAUGAAUUCUUCCCAGAUUCCUUAUACGGGUCAUUCGGGUUUCAGUGUUUCGGGUCAACCCAUCAAGCUCAUUCAUCUAACAUCAUUCCUUCUAUGAUUCCCUUCAUGGAUAUUACGGGUCAACCCACCGACACCGCCGGAUAUAACGGGUUUCAUAAUAUGGAUAUUCCUACUGCCACAACCACCACCACCACCACCGCGACUACCACCAGUACAAGCCAUGAAGACAGUACUAAUACUACUACUACUAAUAAUAAUAAUAAUAAUAAUAAUAAUAAUAAUAAUAAUAAUAAUAAUGCAGGUUCGUUUUUCGACAACUAUUCUUGGGUAUCGUCCAGCAAAAAUACAAAUAAUAAUAUUGAUAAUAAUAUUAAUAAUAAUAAUACUAAUAAUGGAUUAGAAGGUACAAAUACAAACCCAGAUGAGAUAAAAUGGUCAGAAUAUCUGCAAACUCCAUUAUUAUUAGCUCCACUUAAUCAAACUAGUAAUGGUGGUGUUAAUAAUAAUUAUGGUGAGAUUAAGACAGAAUUAAAUUAUAUAACAAGUUCAUCACCAUGGCAACAAAAUCAACAAUCUUCAUCAUCUAUGAUACCAUCUUUUCAUGGUUCUGAUUUAUAUAACAAGGAUUUACAAAGGCUUGCUGAAGCAUUUGGGCAAAUUUUCUAAGCUUAAAUUAUUUCGAUCGAUCGUCAUCAUCAUAUUUGAUAUAUCCUGCUUCAGGGUCUCGAUAUAUUCCACUUUGGGGUAUCAAUGUAUCGGGCUUCAGGGUCUGAGAAGAGUUGAAAGACGACAUAUCCUUAUCAAAAGGAAUGCUAAAAUUAUUUCUAUAUAUGAAUUAAUUUUAAUUAAAAAGGAAUUGGAAGGGAAAAACAAAUGAGUAAUUUAUUUCCAAAAAAUAGGGGGAAGUUAUGUAUAAUUUUUUUCAUUUUUUUAUUAAUUCUUCUUUUUCUAGUUAUCUUGAUUCUCCUACAAGUGUGCUAUAGGGCUUUUUUUUUUUUUUUUUAUCUAAAUAUCAAAUUUGAUUUUGUUUAUUGUAAAUAGGACCAAAUACAUGACAUUUUAGGGGAGUUUAAUGGAAUAUUUGUGUGAAUUAUUGUGUUACAACAAUGAGGCUUGACUUUUUCAUUAUAUACUUGUGGUGAUGAUUAUCAUUCUAGAAUUUUUUUUUUAUUUUUCUACGAUAUUAAUUAUUUUUUUUUAUAUAUAUACAAAUUGUUUAAUUAUUGAGAUGUUUGGCAAAAUAGUUUAUCGGUCAAUUUUAGCUUAUUUAUGUUCAAAUUGAUCGUUUGGCAGUCAACCAUAUAAUGCUACUGUUUGGUGAAUUAGUUAGUUAAAUUAACUAUCUAAGUAGAAUAAGUUGCUCUCUCCAACAUUUUCAAAAUUAACUGAUCAAAUCAAUUAAUCGACAAUCAGCUAAUUAAAUCAGUCAUUUAACAAAUAACAAAUAAACUGAAUAUUUGUCAAAGCUAAUUAGGCAUGCAAACAAGUAGCUGGAAUCCUUUACAUUGAAGGGAAGUUGGAAGUAAGUUUGAAAGAGAAAGGGAAAGAAGGAAAGAGUGCUUGUAAUGUGAAUUUCUUGGUGAAUUUUGUACAUAAUUAGCCUCUCUUUAUUUGGUUUAGAUUCAACUAUGCCAAAAGCUGAUUGUGAGAGGAAAAGAUAGUGACAUAACCCUAUCUCCUUUUUCAUGUUUUAAAAUCUCAAAAUUAAAUAUUCAAAAAAUAUUAUAUUAUUAUACCCAAUUAUGAGGUUAUCCUUGUUAGUUGUUGCAAUGAACAUAUGAUCAAUUCUUGACUUAAAAUACAAGUUUUGUAGAUCAAUUGUAACAAAAGUUAUUGAAUACUUAAAAAAAUAGUAUAUUAAUAGUUUUGUUAGUAGGUAUACAUUCAAAACUCAUGAAUGAGCUAAUAUCAAGUAACAUGGUCAUUAAUCAAUAAGUAAUUAAUUAUGUCGCUUUUUUUCAAUAAUUCUGAAGUUUCGUUUUCAAGUUAAUUGCUACAUCACUGAAAAUAUCAUGUUAAUGUGUUAUUUAUCAUUAUUUUUGAUACUUAAAAAAUUUUAGACUCUUAGAAAAUGAUUUAUUGUACUAAUACUCCUUUUCGUAGGGCCCCUAAUUUUCUUUUUUUUGAUGUUAAUUAUGCAAAAGCACAUGAAGAAGUUUGUGAGGAGAGAACCCUCAUUCAUGAUAUGUACAAGCCUAAUGUAAUAAUAUUCAUUUUGUCUCUUUCAAUCUAGCUCAUAUUUUAUUUUGAAUCGUAAUUUUAUUUAUUUUAUCUUAUUUUUUAUUUGAAAAUAAAUUUUAUCAUAUCUUUUUAAUUUUAUCGUCACAUUUAAACUAUGAUCUAUGAAUAUUAUCUAUAUAGCUCAAUUGAUCUGUUUUAUAUUUUCACAUUUAUUAAUAUACACCAAAUGAAAAAAAGUUAAAACUUCUACUCCCCUUAAAAACAAUCCCAAUCCAAAAAGGAUGUUAACUUAUUGGGUCAGAGUCAUCAUCAUUAAUUUAAUGUAUCUCGCUCAUAAAACUAUCAUCAGAAUUUAGAAAGGAAGAAAUUAGACAACAAAUUGUAUCUAUAAAUUAAGAAGAAUAUGGCUAAAAAGUCUUUCGACUUGAGAAAGACAGUAGUAUAUCAUAUUUUUAAUAUCUAGACUAGAUAAAUAAAAGUGUACUUUUGAAUAUUACUAUUCUUGAUUAACAAGGAUUAUUCCCCAUCUAGGUGAAAACAAUCUCAUCAAAUCAUAGUCCUUGAAUGGGUGUCUAUCAUCAUCUCUAAUAGAUGAGAUUGUUUUCACCCUUUUGAUAUUUUAUUUCUCCUUAAAGUAC